CUCAGAAGUCGUGGUGCUGAAAGUGAAGAGCUGUCAUGUGGGCAGUUUUUUUCUUAUUCCUGUCUUACUUAGACAGAGACUUGGCUAAAGGCCAACUUUCCGCUUUAGACGCGGAAAGGGAGAGCCACGUUUUAUACUUUCUGCUCAAUACCACUUUGUGCGCGCAUUCUUCGGCAUGCCGUGUAGGUCUAAACCCUCAGAAAGCCGACGAUGCGAAUUCAAAGAGUGUAAGAAGACAAGAGGCUGAAGACAGAAGACACGCGGUAAGAGACGAACACAGUUUGCGCAGAUCCAAGCGGGGUUUCACUUAUCCCGGAACUCUGUGGUGUGGAGCAGGAAACAUCGCAGAUAACUACGAUCAACUAGGAGAGUUUGCUGAGACAGACAAAUGCUGCCGUACACAUGACCAUUGUCCCCAUGUCAUUCAUGCAUUUACUUCGAAAUAUGGCUUCACCAACUUUAAGUGGCAUUCCAUUUCACACUGUGACUGUGACAAUGCAAUGAAGCAGUGUCUAAGGGAGGUUAAUGACACUUCAUCACGAGUGGUUGGCCAGGCUUUCUUUAACGUGAUUGAAGUUCCCUGUUUUGAAUUCUCCCUUGAGGAGCAGUGUGUUGAGCGGUACUGGUACGGAAUGUGUAAGAGAUAUGACAAAGUGCCUGUUGCUGUGUUGAGGGAGUCAGUGCCUUAUGAUUUUGGAGAUAUUGAAGUUAUUGAUGUGUUGACCAUAGCACCUCCUAAGGUAAAAUUAUCUGAGACAGAUGAGAAUAAGGAAGAACCACACAGGUCAGAAAACACAACACAGUCAAGCACCUCAGGAUCCAAAAACCCAGAACCAGUAGAAUCCUCACUUACAAAUGUUGUCACAGCAGCUGAGGACUUCAUCAAAGUACUUGCUACAGUUUCUACUUCACAGGGGUCAUCUAUUGAUGGUGGAAACACAGGUGAAACACAGACUUUAGACAAAAAGAAGAAGAGAAAGGAUGCAGGAAAAAAGAAAAAGGACUUAAGAGGAAAGAGGAAGUUGAAAAAGAAAAAGCAGAAUGCAGGCAGUAUUUCAAAGGACAGUGAAAGAGUCACAGGUACUCCGUCUGCACACAGAUCAGAGAGCGUCAUCAACAAAAAGAAUUUUGUGGAAGACUCUGAAAACUUUAUGGACAGCAAAUUCACUUUUAUGGGAGACAUUGAGCACUUUAAUAAGAUGAUGAAGGAUGAGCAACAGAGGACACCUGACGGGAGUCAAGUUGACACUACCACUGCACCAGAUGCAAAGCAAAAGGCUAUUGGUUUGGGCCCACAAAAGCAAGUCAAGGAUAAGGAGUUUGUCCAACUGUUCUCCACAGUGCCAUUCACUACCACCAGCAAACUAUCAACUGCUAUGCCGAAACACAGAAUGGCUAAAAAGAGACAGAGACAUCCAACUUCGAUUUUCUUGCCUAUAAAAGGCAAUCUACAAAACAUGAUGGCAGAUAACACCACAGUGAGUACAACUGAAAGUACUAGCUUAGCAGGUCUGACAACACACACUCCCAUUAGUGUACCAUGGGAGGAUGCCCCACACAACGUUGAAUCCCACCGUGAAAAGGGAGCUGUGUUUAAUGCUAUCGCAGAGAAUACACCCAUUGUUGAAACCAAAGGGCUGAGGUCAAGACAGAAAGGGGGGAGGAGAAAAAGUUGGAAGCUGUAUAAGCCUUCCUCCCCCACAGAUUCUUUAACAGCAGAAAAAACAAAAGUUCUCCUGACCGACCGAGCUCAGCGGCUAACUGGCCCAUUUCCUGAACCACACAGUGCAUUACAGAGACUGCAGUCUAAUGGAACAAGGAAAAUGGAAGAAAAAACUAAGACAGGGGUGUCUCUUAAAACUCAGUGUAAAAUUUCAAAAGGCUCUCAGCUCAGAAAUAGUGCUCAAAAAUCCAAGUCUAAAUCAUCCAUGAUAGGCAAGGCACAGCAAGAAGCGUUAGCAAUCAUGGCUACCAGUACCUCAGCUAUAAUUGAUCUGGCUACUCAGGUAAGGGGUAUUGAGGCAAGCGGUGGACAGCUUUUCUCUUCUGGACUACAAACUAUUACUCCAACCAUGCUGCCUCUGAAAGCCAGAGCACCCAAGAUAGGAAGAUCAAAGCAGAAGGCUGAAAAGAGUAGAAAAAAAGCAAAAAGAACAUGCGCUUAACUAGCUAAAACAAAACAGUGGAAUGAAUUCUUAGUACAGUAAGUAACCUGUUGUGAUGAUCAGACUUGUUAGUACAAUAAUAAAGACAUGAUUUAAAGUAUAGCAAUUUGUAAAACUCAGUGAUGGUAGUCAGCAUGGUUGCCUAUACUGAAAGCUGUCAAUAAAUAAAGUGAGUUGGAAAAAAAACUUUUUCCGAUCGUUUUUAACUUUAAAAUGACAUUACAAUGUCCAUUAAAUUUCAGCUUUGGACUUUCAGGCAUUUGCCAUGAAUAAAAUGAUUAAGCAGAAAAGAGUGUAAAGAUGUAAAGAGUGUGGGAAAUAACACAUAAAAUAUAAACUAAAUCUGGGUAAAAAAAAAAAAAAAAACU